GUUACACCUGUUUGUUCAACAACAUCAAAGACUUGUUCAGGCAGUUAUAAUGAGAGUUUAUAUAUCCUAUGAUUCUGAAAAGCUUAUAUGAUAUAACAGAUCUAGAAGAAUGUUUUUGAAUACGUCGUAUACGGAUGAAGAUGCAAACAUGUAUUUUUCUCAAUGGAAAAAGUUUAUUUUUGACUGAUCGUGAAAGAUGAAGUGAACGGGAAUGAAGGCAAGACGAACACUACAUACAUGUACAAUUCUUUAUAACGCUGCUUCAGGAGUGUUCAAUUAUUAGUCUUUUUGACGUAUUAUUGAUUGGAAGUGAUUUCAAAACAUUCAUAAGAUUUUAAUGUCAAUAUAUGUCAAAAACAAAAGUUUGAUUUCCUAUAUGGAAAUCUAGACCUUAAAGACGUUGUUUAUCCAUUAAUAAGAAUGUUACAACAGCAUGUCUUCCAGGAAUGUUCAUUCUUUCCUCCAGAUGACCGCUCAGUUUGCAAAAAUGAUACAAAAUCAUUAAGAGAUCCUAUGGAAUAUGAAGGCACAAGAUUGUCAACUUUUGCAACAUUUCCAAAUAUUCUUGGUGUUUAUGCAACCAAACUUGCAGGAGUUGGUUUCUAUUAUUUAGAAAAAGACGAUGAGGUUAUUUGCUUUAAAUGCAAAAUAAUACAUAAAAAUUGGAAACCGUACGAUUCUCCAAUAAAUAUUCACCAACACAUUUCUCCGCUUUGUGAUUUUAUCAAACAUAUCGGCUCUAAAUACAUGGAACAUUCACAACAUAUAUCAGAAGGUACAGUAAGUAAUGGUACAUGUGAUAUUUCUUACGUAGGAACUGAAUGUAACAAGAUAUUGCACGACAAAAAUAAACUGCCGGUUAAUGGUAACGAUCCUCGACAGAGCUUAAAUAUGCAUAAUGGUGGAACAGAGACUCAAAGAAUUCAGACAAACACAAUUAAUCAAAAUUCAAACAAUUUCAGAUGGAAUGUUUCAAAUACUUAUGGUGGACGUGUACAAACUAAUCCUGUUGGAAUAAACCAAAGUCUUAACAACACCACAGACAAUGUGUCUAAUACCGAUAUAACCAGGACAGAAUCUAACCAAAUACCAAAUGAUUACUCGACUAAUGAUGUUAACAGCUUGAAUCAUAUUCCACAAACUGGUUUAGAGACUUCAAAUAGAAAUGCAAGCACACCAAACCACCAAUCCUCAGGUCAAAUAACUACCACAGAUAUAACUAGCAAAGCCCCAGUGGAACAAUUGAUGAUGGGGAUUUGCGUUGAAAACCCAAAGUAUCCAAAAUGCGCCAUCCGAGUAUCUAGACUGGACUCGUUUAAAUAUUGGCCAACGUAUUUGACACAGUCGCCAGACGAAAUGGCAACCGCUGGAUUCUUUUUUACAGGUAGUGAAGAUCAUUGUCGCUGCUUUUUCUGUGGAGGAGGAUUAAAAAACUGGGAACCAGGUGAUGAUCCUUGGGUAGAACAUGCUCGCUGGUACCAGAACUGUGCUUUUGUGCGACAAAGUAAAGGCGAUAGAUUUAUAGAAGAUGUUCAAACAAACAAAUAUAUUCCGGCCGAAAUUGUGGAAAAGAAUAAGCUUCCUAGUUCAGAAAGGCCAUUGUGUGAUUUUAAGAACAAUCCUGCAGUUAGAUCUGUAACAGAGUUUGGUUAUGAUGAAAAGUUAGUCAAAGAAGCUUACGAAACUCUUCAAAAAGCGGGAAAAUCAGAUAUUACGAGUACCGGGCUUCUUGAAGCAAUUUUCAGUUUAGAGGAAAAUUCGAAACAUACCCAAGAAAAUUCAAAUUAUAACCAACAGCCAAUGAAAAACUCGCAAUCAACAAUAGAACCUGCAAAAAGUAUAGCAGAGCAAAUUACACACGAAACAACGAGCGAUCGAGAGCCAGAAUUGUCAGUGAGAAGUCUUGAAGAAGAAAAUCAAAACCUGAAAGAUCAGCAGACUUGUAAAAUAUGCUUGGAUGAACCGAUUGCAAUAGUUUUUCUUCCUUGUGGUCAUUUAGCUGCUUGUGGUAGCUGUGAGCCUGCUCUAAGAAGAUGUCCAAUAUGUAGAGCAUUUAUCAAAGGAACAGUAAAAGCCAUAAUGUGCUGAUGUCUUUAGUUUUUAUACAAUUGAUCAAAAUUAAUAAAACAAAUCAGUUUUAUAUAUAAGCAAGAUCACGACGAAAACAAAAGAUCAGAUCUGUGAGCUCGAGUUCUUCGUGACGCUUACAGAAGACAUAUGAUAUAAAAAAAGAUGAUGUGGUAUGAUUGCAAAUGAAACAACUCUUCACAAGAGACCAAAUGACACAGAAAUUAACAACUAUAGGUCACCGUACGGCCUUCAACAAUGAGCAAAGCCCUUACCGCAUAGUCAACUAUAAAAGGCCCCGAAAUGACACAAACGAGAAAACUAACGGCCUAAUUUAUGUUCAAAAAAAUUAACGAAAAACAAAUAUGUAACACAGCAACAAACGACAACCACUUGAUCACUGGCUCCUGACUUUGGACAGGCACAUUCAUACAGAAUGUGAAGAAUGUGCACGUGGCGGGGUUAAACAUGUUAGCGGGAUCCCAACCCUCCCCCUAACUUGGGACAGUGAUGUAACAGUACAACAUAAGAACGAACAAUAUUAAUGGCGUAAUAAUAUUUGUUGUUUUGUUGUUGUUUAUAAUUAUGGUUUUUGAUAAAAUUAUUUUAUAAUAUAAAAUAAUUACACAAGUUAAUCAUCCAUCCUAAUGCAUUUAACUUAUUAUAAACAAAGUGCUCGAAAUGGAUUUCAUGAACUUUAAAAUCACGAUUGUUGCUAAGAUUUGCAAAACAAAACAUAAUACAAUUUAAACAUUUCCAAAUAUGAAUAAAAUGUAAGAAACAAAGAUCGUCUUGGACAGUAAGUACAUAGUGAUGAUUUCUCCAUAGACAACGACUUCAAUAGAUACAUGUGACCUAAAUAUCCCUUUGGUGGGAAUUUUCAUAUGGCUUUUCAGUUAAGCGUGUUAAUUUCAAAUAAAGAAUGUUUACAGACAACAGAGUAAAUAUUGAAAACACGUGUUGAAUUAUGCAUAACCUCUUUUGUACACUUCAAUAUAAAAUCAAGCCACACGGAACCAUGUGUGUCUAUACAUUCUAAUAAUCGUUAUCAUUGUGGUUGUCGUUCGUCGUUACCACCGUUAUCGUUGCUAUCAUAAGGAACAUCGACAAUUACCCGGUAUAAAUGAUCAUUGACAUCUUUCUAGAAGUAUUUCAAUCGCAGUGAUCAUUUCGUGUGUUGCUAUGUAGUUACUUUCCCGUUUGAAAAAAGUAAACACACUGAAAACGAAUUUAGGAAGCUAUAUUAAUUGAUUGAUAAAGGGCGUAUAGAGCAGCAGUCGAGGCAACACGUAAUGUCGAUUAGGAAAUUUUAACUGCGGUAAAGAAAAUUAUAAGUGCGAUAAAAAAAAUAUUACCGAUUCUCUAAAAAUAUGUAUACUUGAAAGCAGAAACCGAAAAAAUUUCAACAUUUAAGGAAGGAAGCUGAAUACAUAAACAUUGAAUACUAGUAUGUAAUCUUAGUUAUAUAAAAAACUUGAAGAAGCGGACAUAUUUUCCUAUCUAGUACAUUUGAAUUUUUACCAGUUACAUGUAUUAAACAGGACAUAAAUACAUAUAGGGCUAAUACUUCCUAUGCAAUUUAACCAAAUUGAGAUUUCAGUUUGUUUUAGUACUUUAGCGACCACGUUAUAUUGUUUUUUUUUUUCUUUUUUAAGCGUUUU